CGACAGAAAAGCUUCUUACGCUUGCGUAGAAAUCCAAUUACAGCUACACAAUCUGUCAGCUGAAAGCUGUGUGGUAGUUUGGGGAAGUUGUUAAAUUCUGGUUUGUCGUAGGUUGAAGUAUAUUGGUGACAAUGAUUUUCAGUUCGGCAGAUAUUUUGUCACCUGCUCAAUUAAAAAAGCUGAAAGAGCACAAGUACAGUGCUUCCGGCUCUUCGUUUUUGGAUCCUUUUAUGCAGCCUUUUUGGAACUGGCUGGUUAAAAAAUUUCCUCUAUGGCUAGCCCCUAAUCUAAUGACAAUUGCUGGACUAGUUAUCAACAUAUUCACCUCAUUAAUCCUUGUAUUUUAUAGUCCAGAUGCCAGACAUGAGGCUCCACGAUGGGCAUUCCUCAUUUGUGCGGUUGGUCUGUUUGUUUAUCAAACUCUGGAUGCUUGUGAUGGAAAACAAGCUCGGCGGACUGGUUCCAGCUCACCACUUGGUGAGUUGUUUGACCAUGGCUGUGAUUCCAUGUCAACAGUGUUUGUGUCUCUUGGUGUAUGUAUAGCAGUUCAACUUGGUGCAUAUCCUGCAUGGAUGUUCUUCCAGUGUUUUGCAGCCUUCGCUCUCUUUUAUUGUGCACAUUGGCAGACAUAUGUGUCAGGGACUUUACGAUUUGGCAAAUUUGAUGUGACUGAAGCCCAGUUUACAGUAAUGUCCAUACACUUGGUUUCUGCAGUGUUUGGUCCAAGUAUCUGGACCACAAGACUUCCUUUUCUGCAUGUGGAGCUCAGACUACUUCCUGUGAUUAUUGCUCUCUCAGUAUCAGCAGUUAUGUGCUACAGCAACUUUGUUAUAAUUCUUUCUGGCGGGGUCGGGAAGAAUGGGUCGACUGUGGCUGGCACAAGUGUUUUGUCCCCUUUCAUCCCUAUGGGAUUUGUGGUUAUUCCAGCCUUUAUCAUAUAUCAGAAGUCAACUACUGGUAUAUAUGAACACCAUCCUUGUCUUUACAUCCUGGCAUUUGGAAUGGUAGUAGCAAAAGUCACUAACCGCUUAGUGAUUGCUCAUAUGAGUAAGAGCGAAAUGGAUUAUUUUGAUUCAGUAUUAGUUGGUCCUGGUAUGCUGUUUUUGAACCAGUAUUUCAACACUUUCUUCAAAGAGUACAUUGUACUAUGGCUUUGUCUGGUAUAUUCCACAUCCGACCUACUACAUUAUUGCACAAUUGUCUGCAGUCAGAUUUGCAACCACAUGAAUAUCCAAAUGUUCCGCAUCACUCCAAACCCGAACUCCAGUCAAGCACGCUCAAUUGCAUCACCUACUCAGAAAGAAGAAGCUGAAUCACACCCUUUAAUUGCAAAUGAGCAGGUUCCACCCCAUGAGCAGCCAUUCAGCGAUAGUCCCACCCCUACAGAGGACAGGCCUCCCACCCCUACUGAUACUCCUACACAGGGUAUGACUGCACUGUAGAAGACUACCAUCCAAGCUUACACUGUGUGGAGACAUUAUGUCAACCAACUUUUAUGCGUAGGCUCUACCUAUAUUUAUUUCUACUGAAGUAAUACGUCAAAAUCUUUAAUCAUAAAAAAGGGGACAAAAGAAUCUUUUAAUUUUCAUAAAAGUUUUACUUAAUUUUAGUUCUCAAAUAUCAUUCUAACUAUUUUUAUAGUAUCAGAAGACCAAAGUUAUUUUUUGUUAUUGUUUGUGAAAUAACUAGUAAUACUGAAACUAGAGAACUGACAAAAUAGAUAUAGCCCUUCUGUAACAUAAAUAUUUUUGCAUUUUAUGUAAUUAAAAAGUGAAAUUUACUCUGACCAAGGACGAAAUUGUGUGGAUGUCAUUCAUUUUGUUGGUUAUACCUAUAUUAAUUAAAUAACUAGAAUGCAAAUAUUUCAUGAUUAUAAAAAGUGGACAAAACCAAAAAACUAACAUUGUUUGGUGAAUAUUUAAAAGAGAAAUAUUCUUGUUAAUGAAUUAGUUGAGAAAGUAAACUUGAUAAGACUGUAAUGUCCAAUUUAAAAUUUUUAUAAUAAUAUAUGAGAAAAAUUAUUUGCUUGUGAAAUUUACUGUUAUUUGA